AUGGCCCCGUCAACGACCUUCCCGAGGGCUCAGGCGCUGAUUUUAUGCAUGGCCAAGAUCUCAGAGGCCGUGGCGGUGUGCUUCAGAAUGCCAUUCGUCAACCAGAUGGUGGUGAAUUUUGGGAGAUCUCCAGCCUCUGCACCCCAAUACGCAGGCAUCAUCGAUUCAGCGCUCAUCGCUACGGAGUUCAUCUGCGCCCCAAUCUGGGGUACACUAGCGGAUAAAGUGGGUCGUAAACCUUUGGUCAUCCUUGGUCUGGUCGGUUUCGCUCUCGCUGCCAUGGGCAUGGGUCUGGCUCAAAAUCUCUGGCAAGCAAUCUUGGCGAGAUGUAUCUCUGGCGUUCUUGGAGCUGUGGCAGUCCUUGUUCGAACGGUCCAGUUCGAAAUUACGACCUCGGAGCAUGUCGACAAAGUGUUGAUGUACAUGACUCCCUGUUGGGCCAUCGGAGCAAGUAUCGGACCACUGAUCGGCGGAGCUUUUUCUGAACCUGCUAAACGUCUUCCUGCUCUAUUUUCUGGUACGCUUUUCGAUCGAUUCCCAUACCUUCUCCCAGCACUCGUUUCCGCCUGUGUCCCUGUAUGUACGGCCAUUGGAUACUUGUUCCUAGUCCCAGAGACCCUCGGCAAUCCCAUUGCGGAGUCUCCCAGCGAGCAAGCUUCAGCAGCUGAAGAUGCCGAAUCUGAAUGUAUGCCACUAUUGGGCGGAGCUAUCAACCAUGAUGCUGCAGAGACUCUUUCAACCUGGUCACUUCUCACAGACGUGAAAAUCGCGUACGCGCUAUUGUGUUCUGCUCUUCUCGCUUUUGUGUCCAUGGCGUACUGCGCCGGAUUCAUGAUGAUGGCAUCUACUGCAGUGAAAGAAGGUGGUCUAGGUCUAUCGCCCUGGCAGACCGGUAUCAUGCUUGCCAUCUCGUCACUUCUUGGAUUCUUCGUCUCGUCCAAUGUCAUGCCCUUGCUUAGUGAUCGAUACGGAUACUAUAGGACCCUUCGUCUCACUUCCUUCGCCCAUGUCAUGUUGUUCCCAUCCGUCAGUGUAUUGAGCCUCAUGGCAAGAUAUCAAGGAGGGGUGAAGAUUUGGUCCCUGCCAGUAUUGGCCAUCAUCAUGGUUUGUUAUGAAGUGGGCGAGGUAUCUUAUACUCCCAUGGAUGUGGUGUUCUCGAAUCGAUCGCCACGAGGCUGUCUCGCCCACGUCAACGGAUUCGCUCUCAGCGCUGCGUCCCUGGGUCGAGUGGCUGCUCCUGCAUUGUCUGGCCUCUUAUGGUCCAUGACGAUGCAGACCAGAUCCUUGAUAGGGAGUCAACUCAUGUGGAUCAUCUUCACCUUUGUCGCUAUCAUUUGGCAUCUCACUACUCGUCGAUUGUCAUCCCCUGUCGAGUUCAAAUUGCGAGCCCAGUACGCCUCAAUCCGAGAUGUCGAAGCGGGUGUAGCCAUCUCUCGCGUCUCUUCAUUCGGCUCGACAGGUACCACGGAUACACUUGUCAAGACACCUCCUCUCAAGGGCAAGUCUUUCGAAUCAGUUCUGGACGCUCUCAAAUCUGUCAAAUCCGUCUUUCGAUCCAAAUCACUCUGGUCUGAUGUAGAAACGGUGACCACUACGAGCACCACCACAAGCACCCCCGAUAUGUCUUUUGAUGCUUAUUGGGCAUCGUUUGCCGACCGGCUCGACAGUUCACCUUAUGUUCCCAUGCCUGAUCGACGCGAGGUUGAAGGAGACGAAUAUGGCGAUGGCAUUUACAUCCAUCGAGCGAUCAAACCGCAUGUGGAGAUUGACAGGCGAAAGCCCGACUUUAGCAAGACCCCACAGUGGAUCAUUCCGAAGAAGAAGAAGAAGGAGAGUGGUCAAAAGGUCGAUGGGUUGGGUCUGGGGGAGAUUGAUGUGUCUGCAAGUGAGAGUGAAAGGGGAGGUGACGUGACAAACGGCGCCGCCGGCGGGGCGCAAGGUGGCAGUGUAGUUAGUGAAGAGACCGUGAGCGAGAAUGUGGGUGGAAGUGAGGGUAAUGAUUGGGACGGAGCUGAGAGGAUCAAGAGGGGUAAGGUAGAAGAAAAUGGUCCAGUCUUCAAAGACUCGGACGUUGCGGGUUCUCCAACGCCCAGUGUCAUGUUUGAGUAG